AUGGAUCGUAAUAAACUUAUUGCUUAUUUGUUAUUAAGAAGACAUUAUUCUAUCUUAAAAAUACGGCAAAGAAGAUACUGGAUACAUCCAUUAAGUAAGGGUAUGAAUCCAAAUGGCGAGUUCUUUUCUAAAAAAUACGAAGCAUUAAAGAUAGACGAAAAAAAAUUUGUUGCCUACUUUAGAAUGAGUAUAUCAUCAUUUGAAGAGCUAUUAAGCGAGUUAUCAAAAUAUAUACAGAAGAAAAAAAAUAAAGGAAGAAAACCAGUUACUGCUUUGGAAAUGCUGGGCUUAACUUUAAGAUUUCUAGCAACCGGCAGUGACUUUAAAACCAUGCAUACGAAUUACUUCCGAGGAGCAAGUACAAUAGCAAAAAUUGUAAAGACAGUUUGUCGCGCCAUAUGGAAACAUCUAUCAAGUCAAAAUAUACCUCCUAUAACAAAACAGGUUCUAGAAGAUGUCGCUAUUGAGUUUGACAAGAAAGCAAAUUUUCCUAACUGCAUAGGAGCUCUUGAUGGAGAUGAAGCAUUCUCAAUUUCGAAUAACGUCGUGCGCCCUUACUCAGGAAAACAUUUGUCGGUACAACAAAGAGUUUACAAUUAUCGACUGAGUCGUGCCCGAAGAUAUGUCGAGUGCGCUUUUGGCAUCCUAGCCAAUAAAUGGCGCAUAUUUCAUCGAUCUAUGAAUGUGCAAUACGAAUUUGCGACAGACAUUAUCAAGGCAUGUUGUGUAAUGCACAACUUUGUUUUGAAUCGAAAUGGAGUACAAGCGACCGAUGACAUUAUCUUUGAUGAUUCUGAUCUGCAAAUGUUGCAUUUGCCCACAGCAAAUGAAAAUAAUUUAAGCCCACAUCUAAUACGGAAUGAUUUUUGUAAUUACUUUUCCAGUGAUGUUGGCGCCCUAAGUUGGCAAUUAAACAAAAUAUGAAUGUUCGUAUACCUACUCAGUUCAAAAUACAAAUAAUACCUUAAUACAUUUGAUUCAAACUAUUUAACAUGUUGUGAACUGCGAAUAAACAAUUUAAAUGGCAA